GAGCUCCCGAUAAUCCCUUUCCCAGUCCUGUCUGACAUCUGACCUGGUGGGUUGUUACCUGGACUUCCCGGGACACUGGCUGGGCUUGAAGAGAGACCUCAGGAGCUCCCUGGCCCACAGGAUGAAGCUGCCCGUGGGUUGUUUGACACUGUGGCUCUGCCUGGGGGGUGGCCUGGCUCAGAGCAGCACCAGCCGUGACGCAGAGGAGUCCUACGCAGACUGGGGCCUGCGGCACCUCCGCGGCAGCUUUGAGUCUGUCAACAGCUACUUCGAUUCCUUCCUGGAGCUCCUGGGGGGAAAGAAUGGAGUGUGUCAGUACAGGUGCCGAUACGGAAAGGCACCCAUGCCGAGGCCUGGGUACAAGCCCCAGGAGCCCAACGGCUGCAGCUCCUACUUCCUGGGUCUCAAGGUACCAGAAAGUAUGGACUUGGGCAUUCCGGCAAUGACCAAGUGCUGCAACCAGCUGGACAUUUGCUACGACACAUGCGGUGCCAACAAGUAUCGCUGCGAUGCAAAAUUCCGCUGGUGCCUCCACUCCAUCUGCUCUGACCUUAAGCGAAGUCUGGGUUUUGUCUCCAAAGUGGAAGUAGCCUGUGACUCCCUGGUUGACACUGUGUUCAAUACAGUCUGGACUUUGGGCUGCCGGCCCUUUAUGAACAGUCAGCGGGCAGCGUGCAUCUGUGCAGAGGAGGAGAAACAAGAGUUAUGAGCAAGAGGCCAUGGCUUCCUCUUUGAGGGACGACACAGCUGUGGGUCUUGGAGAUGGUAGUGGGGCGGACGUGCCCCUCCUGUCUUCCACAGCCUGUAUAGCACAAAGCAGGAGAAAGGAAGUACUCUUAUCCAGCAGGAAACUGAGACACAGCCUUCAGGGAGAAUUGGAAAAGAGACAAGGAAUGAUUUGAAGGCUGCUACCACUGGUCUCCUCAAUGAAGACGCGUUUGCCUGGACGUUCAGUGCUUUGCUUAAAGGCGAAAGCGCGCACAGCCCUGAGAUUCCUGGACUCGGUCCUCACAAUCAGAGGUGAAUUGGGGGGCGUCCAACCACGGGGAGGCAAUGUCCUUCCUCUGCUCCGUGUUCAGUUGCCAGUGAGCAUCGAAUAAAGUGUACUUUUUA